AUGAAAGGGUUAGGAGCCAACCGCAGUCGUCACCUGUCCGACUCGUGUGAACCAUGCCAGCAGAAGCCUCUCUGUCCUCUCACCUCGGACCCUCACGGCUCCUUCAUGUUGAGCCCCACCAUUAACCACUAUGGCACAAUGGACCCCCAUCUCUACCAGUGCUCCCCCACCAGUCCCACCACCCUGCCACCUGACUGCUUGCUGCCUUUCAGCCAGAUGUCCAACAGCAGCACCUUCCCGCGUCUGCACUUCACCUCCCAGAACGACCAGCUUGACUGCUCCCAGGCCUGUUUGGCUGGUGGUGGAGUUGGGCAAGGCAACAGGGCAGGUAAUCUAUCCAACUCCCUGUCCAUGGGUAUGGGCUUAGGCCUGGGAUUCACAGGUGCACCCAUGAUCACCAGUGGAUCGGCCACCAUAUCGUCUGCAGCAGCAGCAAAGAUGAAUCGGUUACCUUCCAACCUCUUGGAUCAGCUGGAGCGGCACCUGCCCCUGCAGCAUGAUGGCUUCAGUACUCUGCAGUUCCAUCGAGGACGUAUGUCGAAGCAACGCAGUGAGAGCCCAGGACGAAUACGCCACCUGAUGCAUUCUGUGCAGAAGCUAUUUGCCAAGUCCCAGUCUCUGGAAAACUCUGCAAUAAAAGGCAGCAUAAACGGGCGCUCUGUCGGAGGGAUGACUGGCACCACAGGGGCUUGUGAGGACGGGGGCAGACAGAGCCGCAGGAGCAAGAGUAAAGACAGGGCUAAAACCGAGGGGCCAAAGCAGAGGCCGAGGCCCAAUGCACUAGGCCUCUGGAGCUCGGAUGAUGCCCUGGACACUGACACAACCAAAGCUGGCACUAUAGCUGUAGGUUACCGCAACCCGCUGACCAUGAUGACUCUUGGCAGAGCGGUGUCAGACAGCCAGGCUCCUCCCAGGCACAUCCCACAGGGCUACCACACUAUUGCUGCGCAUCCUCUCAAGACCUCGAAAAGCAGCAGUGACCUCAAGUUCCUGGCAUGCCAGGCGACACAGGUAGGAUGCAAGGAUGCUGAGGGAAGAACCAGAGGAAGCAAGGAUGACACAAUGGUGAAGAGGGGCACCUGGUCCACUCUCACCCUCAGCCAGGCCAGGCAAGUGUUGCAGAAGGGCUCUGCCACAGUCAACAGGACCCUGCUUAAAUCAAAGUCAUGUCACCCGGACCUGACGCAGCAGUUCCUUCAGGUAGGAGGGAUAGUCCCACUGGGUGAAUGGACAGGAACUUUGGGUCGCGGCCGAUCCAGGGGAACCGAGAUCCCCUGUCGACGGAUGCGCAGCGGCAGCUACGUGAAAGCUAUGGGGGACCUGGAAGACAGCGAGGACUCGGAGGGAAGUCCCAAGCCGUCCCCCAAAUCUGCUGCUCGACGCCAGAGCUACCUGAAGGCCACCCAGCGCUCCCUGAGCGAGCAGCAGCAGCCGCCGCCGCCUCCUCGCAAGCCUCGUUACUACGCUCUCAUGCGGGAGGAUUAUCUGUGGUCUCCUCUGCACAGUGCAUGCUCUGUGCAGCAUCUGAGCACGCUGCCGUCCCUGAAGGAGCUGACGACCAAUCGGAGCCUGGAUAACUUGGACUGCCUGGUGAGCCCGCUGGAGGCCCCGGCACGCCACAGGAACCAUGAUUUCAGCCAUUGCUCUGCCACACUGGGCAGAGCCUCAGGCACUCAGCGUGUGAGUCUGCACACGUUCUUUCAGGUAUGCGGGCAGGGCUGUGGCCACUCGGUGAUGUACUGUGACGGGGAAUCACAGGCAGUGGAGGCCCUGGAUCUGCCCACGCCGACGUGCUUCCGGUCGCGCAGCCACAGCUACCUGCGGGCCAUCCAGGCCGGCUGCUCCCAGGAUGAAGACACGGCCUCUGUGGAUUCGGACUCACCGCCGCCCACCGCUGCAGUCUACAGCUACUGCUCCGACACCAUCAGCAAUAGAAGGGCCCCUCCUCCAGUCCCACCCCGCACCACCUCCAAGCCCCUCAUCUCAGUGACACUGCAGAGCAGCACCGAGUCAGCCCAAGACGUGUACCUUGACCGUGGCAGUGAGGCCAACAGCCAGUCAGGACGCAGCAACUCCUCUGACAGUCUCUGUAGCCUCCGCACAGGCAGUCUGGCGAAGGGGACCCAGCCUCCACCAGCUCCUGUCCCUGCUGUGACCCCUACACCUGCUGCAGGCUCUGUUCCUCCUGUUCCAGCCCCUCGUGACCUCCCUCCCACUAUCACUGUCACCAACGCCACCACUUCCACUUUUACCUUACCCCAAAAUGACACCCUGAGCUCUCUUGUCACCCUAGAGCAGCCACCGACUGCAACCAAGAGGAAACUGUCCUCAAUAGGAAUUCAGGUGGAUUGCGUACUUCCAAAUCCAAGAGAGGAACCACUAUCACUGACUACGCCCCUAAAAUUUCAGUCAAUUGGUGUUCAAGUGGAGAACGGCAGGCCUCUCAGCCGGGAAAGCAGCAUGUCCUCCAGACAAAACACAGAGACUGAGCCUCAGGAGCCCCAGGAUGCCGCACCCACAGAAAACAACACAGCCAACUGCACCAACAGUCAAACGGUGAAUACCACUGCGCCCAACGGACCGGACAAAGCCAUGGAAAAGCCGGCCCUUAAACACACCUCAGCCCCACCCAGGAUAUCCACCUCCCCUCCCCAGAGUCUAGACCCGGCUCUGGACCCCUCCUCUUUGCCACCACCAGACCCCAGCUUGGAGUCUGGAAACUGCAGCAACCACGGAGAUAAUGUUCAAACUGGCACGCCAGCUUGCCUCCGAGACGGCAACUGGUUCCUGAAGCUCCUGCAGGCGGAAACAGGCCGCAUGGAGGGCUGGUGUCAACAGAUGGAUCAGGAGACCAAAGACAACAAGAUCUCGGAGGAGGUGUUGGGGACAAUCCGCAGUGCUGUGGGCAGCGCUCAGCUCAUCAUGGCACAGAAGUUCGAGCAGUUCAGAGGCCUCUGCAGAGAGAACUUGGACGCAAAUGCCCACCCCCGACCGACAGCACAGGACCUCGCCGGGUUCUGGGAUCUGCUUCAACUCACAAUAGAAGACAUCAGCAUGAAGUUUGACGAGCUCUACCAACUGAAAGCCAACAACUGGCAACUUCCUGAGAAACCAGAGAAGAAGGAUGAAAACAAGCCGCUUCCAGCAUCUGUGCCAAAGAGGCAGUCAAAGCCCAAGCUGUCGGCGGGCAAGGACAGGAGCGUGGACUCUGCUGUAGACAAGCAGCGACAAGAAGCCAGGAAACGGCUGAUGGCAGCAAAGCGUGCGGCGUCAGUACGACAGAACUCCGCCACAGAAAGCGCUGACAGCAUCGAAAUCUACGUCCCCGAGGCCCAAACCCGCCUCUGAGGAUGAACCAGCACCAAUGAUCGAGGAAUAUCCUGACUCACUUUAGACAUUCAUCGACACAAACACACAAACAGAUCUGAGACAAACACGCAGACACACAACGGAUGCACAGAGGCUAUCCCUCAUAGCAGAGCAGCUGAUGACGGAAGGAACUUUGGGAUCACACGGAAACAAUCCAGAAAAAUACAGAUCAUGACCCCGGCUGCCAUGGGACAGAAAUAACAUUGACCGAUGUUUAAUACUAUUGUUAUUAUUGUUAUUAUUAAUGAUUAUUAUCUCCUAAAGUAUAUCAAGACUGUCUUAAAUGUGCAAGGACAUCCUGUACUUUGUGGGCUGAAGAAACUUGGUAUCCCAGACGUUUACUCUCUUAAAAACUCCCUUCACUGCUGAGUCUACCGGCAAGUUGUGGCUGCCUGGUUUACGAGCUGAGCUACCAUCCACACACACACACUCAGGACACACAUGCAGGUGUACUCACUGUCCACAGAGUCUUCCUGUUCUCUGUUUGUAUUAGGCUGCCCCUCGUUGGGUGUGGUGUGUACGCUUUACUGUGUCAGAAUCAUAAGACGGCGAUAAUGUACUCAGAGGUUUGAAAAUGCAGAGAACCAGAGGAAGGCAGUAGCAUAUAUAUUAAAAAUAUCACACUACUACAAUGUUCAUUUUGUAAAUGUUGUAUACCAGAUUAUUUGUUAGAAAGAGGUCAGUGUUCAGUACCAAGGUAGUUUUUUAUAGAUCGAGUACAUGUACUGUCAUGAUAUAUUAGCACUUGAUGCAAUCGUUCACUCCACCUCUCUCUGUCCCUCUCCUCCUCACGAACGCUCACUACACAGUCUGUGAGAACCCAUUGUUAAAGUCUUACAUUUGUUUGCUUUUGUGAAGCGAUGCGAGGACCGACUGUCCAGCCAGUGAGCUACAGAGGAAUGUAUGACAUGUAUGCAUUUACGGCUCAUGUUGACUUGAUCACUGCACUUUCCAUUCACCUCAGAUCAAGUCCACCCACCUUCUGUUUGCCUGAUCGAUCUGACAUUCACUGCAUCCCCGAGCGAUGCAGGGGACCAAGGCUCACCACUUGAUAUGGCAUUCCCCAUUCCACCAGACUUCGUGUGAUUUGGGUGGGGGUUCUCUUGCUACUGGAAAGGAAAUGGAAUAACAAAGCAAUAAUCAUGUUAGAACAAGCAAUGCAGUAGGUACCCAGUCUUAAAUUAUUUAACUAAACAUCUCUUAGCAUGAAGGAGGAAUGUUUAUCUCUUUUCUGAACUGACUGUCCUUGGAGAAAAAACAAAAAACAAAUCUCAGGUCUAACUCUUAAACUCUCACCAGUGCAAAACCACUAUGAAUUGAUUAUUUAUUAUAUGACCUCAAAUAAACUGACUACACGCGCUGAGCCGUUUGCCAAAUUGUAAUAAUCCAGACCUAUCAGUGUUCUCGAAGAAGAAAAGUUAAGUUCACCUACGGUUUGGUUCAGUGAAGCACAGGCAUAGUUUGAGUGCUCAAAUCAGCCGCCGCCUUCACGCUCCUUUCUAGCAGCUCGAACUCCCACCCGUGUGUUGAGAAUGAAUAACUGUGGUACAUUUCUAAUUUAAAUUUAUAAUGUCAUUUGACGCCUUUUGUGACUUUCAUCGGAAUUGAGGUGAACCCAAAUAUGUCUUGACUUCUGUAAUUAUGAAAGUUACUGGUGCUGCGAGGGUAUCGUAUCGUGCCAAGACAACGAUCAUCAACAUUUCAGUGUCUGUUGACACAGCUUUUAUUUAAACGUGAUUAUUUUUAUUUAAUCUGCUCAUGAGUUCAGCUGUCUGUGUGCGCAUUCUCAGCGAAGUUUUGUUUGUGUUCGCAUCAGCUCACUCCACAUGCGCCAUGCCUACAUGUUGAGCAUGGGACCGGUGUAGUUUCCAUGUUUCAGUUUUCUUUCACACAAACACAAGUGCCAAGGGAACACGAGUGGAACAAGGCAUAGCAGUCGUAGGUCGACUCACUAGUUUUUUCUCAUCUUUUAUUUUAUUUUUGUAAGAGCUGGCUCUCCCCCUACUGGUCAAUCCUUGCGUGACACUCCAGACAUCACCUGCUUCAUUUUUAAUUCCUUAAUUUACAUCAAAACCAGAAAUCAAGUUGAGCUGGGAAUGCUGACACAAAACCAAGUUGUUGAUUUUCUUAUUCUCUUAUUUGUAUUACAUCAACAAUGGACAUGUGCAUUUCAUUGUCCAAAGAAAUCAUUAAACAUCCCUUUGCUACA